UCCAACAUAUGUAUAUCUGUCCAAAGUUAUUUUAAUUGCCAAACUUUUUGAAAUGGAUAAGGAGAAUCACAACCUUUACAUUUUCUCUACCAACUUUUCCCUUAAUCUUCUGUAAUGUGGCUUCUGUUCCCAUCAAUCUAUUGAAAAUGGCUCUUCUCAAGGUCAAUGCUGACCACCUAAUCACCAUAUGCAGGGAUCUUACUCGGGGCCUCAUUCUCUCUCUGCAGCAUUUGAUCCUGCAGACCACUCACUUCUUCUCAAAACUCUUCAUAGGAUCACAGAAUCAUGGUUGAACAUAAACCUGGAAGGGACCUCUGAGACCAUCUAGUCCAGUCCCUUCAUUUUGUGAGGAACCAAGUCACAAAAGGAAUACACAAAAGGAGCCUAGUUGACAUCUCAGUGGAGGCCCUCUGACUCCACCAGACUAGGCUGCUUCCCUGCUUCCCCUCAGCCACCUAAUUCUACUCUACCACACAUCCCUUUUGCUGCUAGAUCCCCUUUCUGUUCUCUUUCCACUCUCCCUUUGAAAGCUCAUCCAUUCUACAACUCCAGUUAUGGCUGCCAUGCAAAUGGCUCCCAAAUAGGCGUACCUCACAUGCUACAUUUCUAACUGCUCACUUCCAACAUUUCCAUUUAAGGGUCUUGCCACCCAGAGUCAACUUGGUUCAGGGGAAAGAGGAACUGCAUUGGGAGUCAGAGGACCUAAGUUCAACUACCAGCUUUAUUACUUUCUGGCUGUGGGACUCAGAACAAUUAGAAAAUCUUUAUGGCCCUUGUUGAGAUUUUAAGCUACAUUAAGGGGAUUGUACUAGGGAGGGGUGGUUUGAGGUCUCUUCUAAAUCUCUGAUCAGCUUUCUUCUACUUCCAUCUCCUCCUGCCAGCCAAGUCUGUAGUAAGCUUCCAAAAUAAUUUCUCUUGUCUCCUGCCUCUCUCCUCCUCUCAUUCUCAACUCACUUUUCAUAAGGCUGCCAGAUCCAAUUAAUGCCCAAUCCAAUCAAGCAGCACCCCUUCUUCCCCAGUCAUGUCAAAGCCUUCUCUGGUUUUCCCAUUUCAUAGAGAAUCAGUUAUACUCUUGGGAUUGACUUUCUAUGCAAUAUGACCCCUCUUUUUCUUUUCAAUGAACAAGGAUUUGAUUUUUUUCUUUUUCCCACUUGCCCACUUCCUCUUGCCCUGGAGGGAGAAAAAAAAUCCCUGUAAUAGAGAUGCCUAAUAAAGCAAAACAAAAGCGCCAUGAGCCACGUCCUAUUCCACACCCAGAGUCUGUCCCCUCUCUGAAGGGGAGCAAUGUACUCUAGGAUUGGAAUGGCUCCUUUCAUUCAAUUGUUGCCCUCCCCCUCUUAGGUGUCCUGGCUCCAGCCAGACUAAAUAAAGCAUUUUGUCCACACUGAUGUUUGGCUUCCUGGAAAGUCUUCUUCCUAGCAUUUCCAAUUAUUUACCCAUCCUUCAAGGCUCAGUGUGAAUACUAGCUCCUUGUCCUCGGUAACAUCACUUCUGAUCCUCCUAACUGGAAAUGACCUCUCUCUCUCUUAAUAUCCUGAGGCCUUUGUUCACACUUCUCUGGGAUGCUUAGCAUACACUGCCUUCUGUCAGAGGCCUUUUGCUUCUUCUCUUCCCAAAAAGACCACUACCUCCUAGGCAAGGUCUAUUUCACAUGGAGCUUGGUGUUUUCCCCAGUGUAACUCAGCCCCAGGCCUUGCACAGAGAAGGACUUGGUCUGGCUUCCUGACUUGAGUCUGUAGCUUUUCCAUGGGCCUUUGGCACUGGUGCUCUUUUUGCUGCCUUUUUACCUGGCCACUUGAAUAGCCAGAGUCAUUCAGGAGACUCCAUUCUGUAGAGCCAAGAUCCUCAGUGUGACCCAAGGGAUCACUAUGUGGCAGGGAGGGACUCGGCUUAUCUCAGCUUGCUUAAUCUCUCCUUCCCUGAACUGCUCUAGAUUGUUAGAGUUUGCCCAGGGGGAUUCCUGAUCAGGCCCAGGCUGAACUUUGCCCCUUUCAACUCUCAAAAUACCAGAAUCUCUGAGUUGGAAGGGCCUUCUAUGACCCGUCUAGUCUCCACUGUGUGGACCUAAGGACUCCUUAUAAAACAUCCUCUAGCUCAGGCUAUAGCCCACCCAUCUAGGCAAUGGACAGCUCCCCGUAGGGAGGAAGUUCAUGUCAAAAGUGACCUUGACAACUUCUCUCCAUUGUUGAGAAUUCUGGCCCCUAGCCCCUCUUCUCAACAGCAUUUCUAACCCAUGAAGCCAGCACCAUGAUGUACAACCUGAAUCUUUCUUUCACCAAGCUAAAUGUGUCCACUUCUUUCAACUGCACUUCAGCUGAUGGGGCUCCAAGGCCUUUUCCCAGCCUGGUUGCCCUCUUCUGGGGCGCUCUCUGGCUGACCAGUUUACCCAGUACUCUAUAUGGAGUCUCACCAGGCAGAGGGCAUUUUAGACACUAAUUUUUUUAAUGAAAUGAUUAAUUAAAAAGUUCGAUUGAACAUCAGUACAAUGAAUUACACUUGCUUAGUCACAAUGUCCAGUUGAGAUAAUGAAUGUAAAUGCCUGUAAUAUUGAACAGGAGACAUGAAUCCUUUUAAACUGUAGCCCACACUGUUCAGUUGCAUGGGUUUUGGUGACUGUUGGGUCACCCUUUUGGCUCCUGCUGAGCUUGGUCCUCUAAGUCCCCAGGAUCUCUCAGGCAAACUGUAUCCUCCUCCCUGUCUGAGCCUCCUUUGCUUGUUCAUCAUCCUUCUACUCUCUAAAUGUGGCGGUCUUUCUCCCAAGGCUCUGUCCUGGGCCUUUUCUUCUCCCUCUAUACUCUCUGUCUUGGUAAUCUCCUUGGCUCCCAUGGGUUCCAUUGUCAUCUCCAUUUAGGCUGAUUACUCCCAGGAAUACAUAAAGCCGGCCCCAGCUUCCCUUUGGAGCUCCAAUCUGCCAUCCACAACUGCCCGCCGGCACCUCAGAUUCGAUGUGCCUAAAACUGUCUGUGGUUUGGAGUGGUUGUUUAGAAGACAGGAUAUCUCAAACUGGAAGGGAUCCUAGAGACCUUUGAGUCCAGUGCCCUCAUUUUUCAGAGGAGGAAACUGAGGCAAUCCAUUCUUCCCCAUUGUGCUAUAAGACUCAAACUAAGAAUCAGAAGUCCUGGAUUCAAAUCCCUGCUCUCCCACUUACUACUACCUUGAUGAUCUUGGAAGAAGUCCUUUUCCUCCCUCAGCUUUCGCAACCUCUCUAACGUGACAGGUUUAAACAUCAUGUGCUCUAAAACUCUUAUCAUACCCCAAAACUAGGCUACUGUGCCACUUAUCUUCCCUACUCUUACUUCUUCACCUCCUACCCAGUGCAGUCAAUUGCAAAAUCCCAGGAGUUCUACCUCUCUAGCAUCUCUUGCAUCAUUAGCCUUUGCCUCUACCCUAGGUCACCCUCAUCACCUGUCCCCUAGACUGUUGUAAUCGACUUGCCAUUUGUCUCCUGGCCUCCAGUUUUCCUUUACAUAGCAGCCAAGAUAAUCUUCUGAAGGUCUGUCUCUGAUCGCAGUACUCCUCUGCUCAGAAACCUUCAGAUGCUCCCGAUGGCCUCUUGGACUCAUUCGCAUGACAUUCUUAAGGCUUACAAAGUGCUUUCAUUCUCACAAUAACCCGGUGAGGUGGGUACUGCCAGUACCUUUUGGGAGCCGAGAAGACUCGGGAUCAGAGAGAUCUCUUGAUUUGCCUAAGGUCCCCUAGCUAGUGUCUGAGGCGUCAAGCCUAGAUGCUCCCCACCUCCAUGGUUCUAGCCAUUUUACGGCAGUUUCUCUCAUGAAAUACAAGUUUCACUUUGGCAUUCGAGGACUACCACAAGCUACAUCUGACUUACCUUUCUAGCCUCAUUGCAUUCGCCUUGCCUUCUGACACUCCACAUUCAGUCAAAGUAAUACAUUAGCUUUCCCCCUUGCUAGACACGCUGUCUCCCGCCUCAGGAUGGUCUCAUUGACCGAAGUGGUUGUCUACAGGAUUUGGAUUGCCUUCCCUCCUCACCUGCCUUUCAGCAUUUCUCUUCAAGAUUCAGCUCAACCGCUCUCCCCUCGCAGCCUUCCCUGCUUCUCCCCCUCCUUCAGCUGCAAGCAUCUUCCUCCUUUUCAGAAAUCCCUCCCUAUCAUUUCCUUAUCUCUGUACAAGGGUCACGCUCCCCUUUGCUUUUGGGACAAUGUAAACUUGAGGGCCAAGGCCCACGGUGCCGGGUUUGGAUAUCAAUAAAUAUUCUAAAUUGAACUCUGCGGUCUGAUUUUAUAAAGGAGAAAUGUGAGGCUCCAAGAAGGGAAAUGGUUUGGUCAAAGCUAUUUGAGUAAAGUAAAAAAAAAAAGUCUAAAGGGGUGGUAGGGGGGAUCAAUGGGAAGGGGAAGAUUCAGGGGUUCCUGUCCCAGCAGGACUGCUGAAGACAUAGGGGUCUCCUUCAUCUCUCUUAGGCAAGCAGGGAAAAGAAGCGGGCUCUUUUCCAUGGGUCAUUUGGCUUCCAGAUUAGCCCCUUUCCACCUGGUUUGGUCAGUGGCCCCAGAGUCACCCAGGUCGGGCCCCGGUCAGCCCCAAAGUCAGGCAGCGUCCCUUAGAAUUGGACUAGAUGGUGAGCUUAUUCUGUUCUCCUUGUGGGAGUUUGGGUGAGUUCCACCUAUUCUCUGGCCUUCCUCAGUUUCCUUUUGUCAAAUAAAAGGAUAGAAUUAGGGCCUCUGAAUUCCCUUCUAGCUCUUAAUCUCAGAUCAGGAGUAGUGGUGGGAUUUCCAGCUUCUGGAAUCCUGGGAGUAGAAAGAAGGGCAGAUCAACUGGCAGAGAUGUAUGUGCCCACUGUGCUCAACACAAGAGCUCCAGAGAUGAAAACCCAGAACCUGUCCUGGAAGAGCUUAUGUUCUUGGGAAGGGGAGGGGGGAUGGGUUAGAGAGAGAGAGAGGGGAAGGGAGGGAAAGAAAGGAAAGGGAAAGAAGGGAACGAGGAUGACACAGACAAAUCAGGGAAAAGGAGAAGCUUGAGGGCUGCAACGGGUAAGAGAGCUGGCCAGGGUCCUGCCGAGGCAGAGGCGGGAGGCUGGCUGGGCCUCUGUGUAGGAGGCUGGGGUGUGGCUAUGCUCAGAGAAAGGCUAGAAGAAAGGUUGAAGGUUGGAAUUAGCAGGGAGCUAAAAGGAUUUAGGAAUAAGAUGUAGGGCAAAGCUCUGGGGCUUAACUGAGCUUGUAGGGCUCAGGACUUCCAUGCAGCUCCCUGCCACAGUGAGGGGACCAUGGCUUUUGGUUUCACGUUGGAUUUCCAGUCUGCCCUCCAGACGCUUUCGGUUCUACAUUGGAUUCCCCUGUAUGUGGUGCUAGGAACAAUUCCCAUCUUGUUGGGGCCUAUCCUGCUCUUCACUAAGUACUGGAUGCUUUCUGUGCUCACCUUAGUCUGGCUCAUAUAUGACUGGAAAACUCAUAGUCGAGGUGGCAGGCGCUCGAACUGGGUGAGGAACUGGACCGUUUGGAAGUAUUUCCGGGACUACUUUCCUGUUAAGCUGGUGAAGACUUGUGAGCUCCCCCCAAGCCACAACUAUGUCAUUGCUAGCCACCCCCACGGGAUCCUCUCCUAUGGCAUGUUUUGCAACUUUGGCACCGAGUCCACCGGCUUUUCUCAGAUUUUUCCCGGGAUCACCCCCUCUCUUGCCACCUUGGAAGGAAUCUUCUGGAUCCCGAUUGUCCGGGAGUAUGUGAUGGCAAAGGGCAUAUGCCCAGUGAGCCGAUUGGCCCUGAAGUACUUGCUAACGGAGAUGGGCUCGGGCAAUGCUGUGAUCGUGGUGGUGGGAGGGGCCGCUGAAGCCCUCCUGAGCAAACCUGGAAACAACAGCAUCGUUCUGAACAAUCGCAAAGGCUUCGUGCGACUGGCUUUACAGACAGGGGCGUAUCUGGUUCCUUCCUAUUCUUUUGGAGAGAAUGAAGUUCACAAACAGGAGACCUUCCCUGAUGGCACCUGGCUGAGAUCUUUCCAAAAAGCCUUCCAGCAGACAGCCAAGGCCAUCCUGGGCCUGAAUUUCUGUACGUUCCAUGGCCGGGGCCUCACCAAGAACUCCUGGGGCUUCCUUCCUUUCAACCGGCCCAUCACCACUGUUGUUGGGGAGCCCAUUCCAGUCCCCAAAAUUGAGAAACCAAGCCAGGAGCUGGUGGACAAAUACCACGCCCAGUACAUCAAGGCCCUGCUGAAACUGUUCAAUGAGCACAAGGUCCAAUAUGGGAUCCCAGAGACUCGGGAGCUUACGAUCUUCUGACAAGACCCCGAAAGACCCUGGGUGUCCAAGGAGGAGCUGGACAGAGGAGGGAUUCUGGGAAGGCAGACUAAACCCAAGCCAAGACCACAGGAGCAACGGCCUGUGACACUCUGGGGAGAUGGAAGUGCUCAAAGUGGGGAAGACCCCACCCCAACACACAUACUUCACCUUUCAUGCACAGUGCUUGCAUGGAAACAAGCAGACUCUUCCUUCAGCCCCUCUAAGACAUAACAUGGGAGCCCAGUGCCUAGCUACUACUGUCCUAAGCUUUCCUGUACCUUCACAGACCCAUUUUUCCCACCCGGAUCCGUUCCAUGGGCUUGCCAAUCCAUACCAGAAGCUUAGGGGCUCACUAGAGUCUGUUCUCAGCAGGCAGGACCAGACAUGCCUGAAAGGGCACCUACGAAUUAUCCCACCUUGGCCCUCUGUGCCGCUGCUGCCCAGGAGGGUCUAGUCAAAGCCACAAAUAUUUCUUGGACUAUGUGCACUAUGCACUAUGCACAAGAGACACUGCUGAGCACCGUGCGCCUCAGUGACAGGGGACAGCAGGCCCUACCCUCAAGGAGUCAGCUGUCCAACAGGGAUUGGAAAUGCCCAAAUGAGAAAAGAAAAUGGCUCAAAGCACUCAGGAGACAUCCAAGCAGCACCCAUGGCAUGGAGCAAGGGCUGGGGCCUCUACACCAAUCGUUGAAGGAAGAGAAAACCACCAGCAGAUGGAGCUAAGAGGAGAGGGAACCAGAGGUCUGAGCAGCAGAGACGGCCAUUCCUGUCGCCUGGAGCUCCACAGUGGAUCACGUGGCUGGCACCCAUCUCUCUCAGUAACUUGAAUCACAGCCUCUCAGAGUUAGAGGGGACUUCAGACGUGGAUGGGGGAGUCCGACCCAUAUUGCACCAGGAUUCCCUUGUGGCCAAUUCGCCAGGGCUAAUAACAUCUGGGCAGGCCCUACUUCCAGGAUGCCCUAAUGUUGGAACUUCUUGAAUUUUCCCAGUUGUCCCACUGGCUCCACUCCCUCCCAACUAGAUCUGGCUGAGGUAAAGACUGACUUCCAAAAAGUGACAGACCUCUCAGUGCCCAUAUCAGGAUGGAAAACUCAGAGGAGAGUUGAAGGGCAGCGGGGACACAGAAAUGGGUCUGCAAAACCCAGAUGGCAGGCCUGGAAAGUAAUGGGGAAAAGCCAAGAACCAAGUAAGCAAAUGGAUCAUUAUGGGACCCAAGAGUGGCCCCACCUACCAGGGGCCUGGUGAAACAUCUCAGGAAGAACAGGCUCCACAGGAUCUUGCAGUUGGAGGGGACUUCAGAUAUGAAAUCCUGAAGCCAACUACUCAGAUGAGGAAACUGAGGUCCAUGGAGCUCAAGGUCACCCAGAUCCUAAAUGUCAUUGGUGGGGUUUUUGAACUCUAGAGCCAAAGCUUUUCACCACGUCUACCUCUGCAUCCGUCCACACUGAGAUACCCUCCAUGGCCCUCCCAGAAACAGCUCCAGUCACAGAACUAGCCCAUUGCACUUUGGGACAGCUUUGGUGAAGUGGUUUGGCAGUCUCACCUCUGCCCCCCCCCCGGGCCCACCAUUGUUGGUCCUCACUCCACUUUUGGAGUCCAACAGCCUAAGGACUGUUUGACUCCCCCUUCCAUGCACCAGCCCUCCCUAAACCCCCACACAGCUCACAAGUUAGCUGUCCCUCCCAGUUCGUAUCCUCUGCAAAUGAGAACAGUGCACGAUCUUUGCCCUUCUACCAGUCACUGACGAAAAGGAGGAGCAUCUCGGGGCCGAGCCCAGAUUCCUUCCAAUGCAGCGAUGACCCCUUUGGGGGCCCGUAAUCCAACCCACUCUGAACCCACCAAUCUGCGUUAUCAUCCAGUCCGCAUCUCUCUGCCUUGUCCCAAAAGCCUAUCAUAAAAAGCUCUAUCCCAAUUUGGGUGCAUUGUGCAGGCCCCUGAUCUAGAAUCCUGGUUACCUAGGUUACACAGGGAGGUUUAAUACUUAAGCUCAAGCUGCUAGGAGAAGCCCCUCCCCUUCUCCAUGUCUUCUUCCUGCAGGUGGGAGGAAGGCCUCUGUGACCUGAAUUCCUAUUCCUGCUUUGACCAUUCAGGUUAGCCAUGGGAACUAGGACAAGUACCUUUUCCCGUGCCAAUGUUUCCUCCUCUGUAAACCUAGAGGGAUGAUCUGGAGGGACUGGGCCUUUGAGGUUCCUCCUAGCUCCCACAGUCUGGGUUCCAAGUCAGUUUAAUUCAGCCACCAGUUAAUCUGCACCUACUACAUGCAGAGCCCUGUGCUGGGUAAUGGGGGAGGGGGGCGGGAGAGAGAGAGAGAGAGAAAAUAUGAAUGAGAGAAGGAGAACGAAAUGCACAAGAGAGGCCUCUGGGGAUUCCUGCCUUCAGGGAGCCUCCAGUCUAGGAGGAGGAUAAAAUGUACCCGGAUGAACACUGCUGUUUAGUAUCUGCAGUUGGAACAAGCGCUAGGACAGGGACUGGGCCUGGGACUUUGACCAGCAUAGGGAACUCCCAGGCCCAGAAGUUCCCUCUGUCAAUGGAGAUCAGCAGCUUGGAGAGUCUUGGAAAAUGUCCAGAGUACUGAGAGUUGAGGUCCAGAGUCACACAAACGUGAUGUGAGAGAGGUGGGAUUUAAAUGUGGGGCUUCCUGCUUUAAGACCAGCACCCUCUGAGAAGUGGAUUGAAAGAGAGCCACUACCCAGGAAGCAGGAAGCAAGGAAGGCCUCUUGUAGGAGGAGCCCUGUAGUUUUUAGACUUUAAAGCUUGCCUAGAAAUGUAAUAGGAGCAGGAAGAUUCAGGGCACAGGGAAGAACAUAACAAAAAUGGAAAGAUAGGCAAAAGAGAGGUAUUCUGUUUGGCUGGAGAGGCUGCUUGCCGUGUGCUUGUGGAGGGCCUGGAACAUCCAGCAGACAUCCUCAAUCAGAACUCAGCAAAGGGCAGCUCAGAUUUUAGCACCAUGCCAGGCAGGAGUAGGUGCUUAUUCACUGUACCCCGUGGCCUGGUACUGAAGCUUUAGGAUCCUAAAGACAGGGUCCAUCUUGAAGCUUUCUCUAGAAUAAUUCUGGCUUCUUUUCCUCCUAACCAGAAGCCUCCUAGCAUCCAGAAAACUGGUUUAUUACCUUGCACGUAAGGAACAACGACGAGAUUAGGAAUGAAAUGCAGUUAGCUGGGAACUAGCUGUGGCUUGCCGGCAGACAGGUGCUGUUCCUUCCUCUGAGGGUUAGUCACAGUUUCCCCCUGCCACCCAAUAGGUGAGCCAGAGCUUCAAACAAAUCAAGAUCCUUGCUGAAGAGCAGGACUGUUGUGUCUUGGUCCCCCGGCUUCCCUCCACAGCUGCAGCCACAUGCCUGAUCUGUAGUCCAGCUCUCUUAGCUGUGUGGUCCCAGAGUGCUCCCCAAGGUAGCAGCUACUCAUCACAACUUCCACAACUCCCAGCCUCCAGACCCUUGAGAACCCUCGGGGUUCAACAGCUGCUUCCUGCUGUCUUUUUCCUCUUGCCAUCCCAACUCCUCAUGACUUUCUUUCCCAGAAGGCCUGGCCUCCUCAGAAUCCACCUGUGUGCCCUCUCCAUAUAUAUGUCUACUCUCUCCAUGGGUGUAAUCUGUCCACACAUAUUCCAUCUGUGUGUUUCUUCUUGGUAAUCUGUAGGAAAGCAUACUUCUCUGGAUUUGGGGAUGGGAUAGGUUUCUUUGCCAUGCUAUUCGCUCAAAUGUCUUGUUCUGAACUAGUGUUUUCUCUGAUUUAAAUAAAAAAAAAAGACGCUUCAUCUGUCC